CAAAGUCUCAAGUCCAGACACAAAUGAAGCGAUCAGAAUAUUGUUUCACAGGUAAACAAGAGACACAUCUCGGGCAGUGAACUCUGGAUGGAGGAUGGCAGCGAGUACUCCAACCUCAGCAGAGACCCGGGCUCAGCCCACACUCACCAGGAAGCAGACUAAAGCCCUGGAGAAAAGUUGUGCUUCCAGCUCGUCACCAUGGAAUAAACCCAGCCUCAGUGAAUUACAGAUCAAUGAUUUUGAAGACUCAUCGCACAGCUGUCCGGUUCGGAGCGGUCCUUCUGCAACCAAGCCUAAUAUAAAGUCAAUGCAGAGUCUGCAACAGUGCAUACAACUUCUUCAUGAACUGGCGGACGAGGUCAACAACAUCAGCCAGAGAAAGCGAGGCGGUAAGAAGGCUGCACCAGAGGGGAGCACCAAAGAACCGGGCAGCCUGGAGACCAGCAGGACUCUGGUCCUCCAGUGGGCCAAGGAGCUGGAGCUAAACAUGGCAAAAAAAGAAACCAAGCCAACAGAUGAAAAGACAAGAAGGAGAGAUGAUGAUGACGGAGGAAAGAGAGAGAAAACAGAGGUGGAGAAACACAAUGAGAAGCUUCAGCAGUGGGCGGUGGAGCUGAGGAAUAUCCUACAGUCUAAUGGCCUGUCUGAUGAGGAGCUGAAGAAGCUGCUGUAUCCCAGAGGACCAAAGGAGUCGAGGAUAGCCGCCAUCCUUCCACUGCUGGAGUUUGUGGCUUGGUCCCUGUUAUCCGAGGACACUGAGGAGGCUGUGUCAAUGCUGUGGCUGCCAACCAAACAAAAGGCCUGGAGGACAGGGAGUGGAAGCCCCAGAUACAUCCCUAACUCAGUGUGGCAGUGGAUUCGGAGUGCCUCAGUGUCUGUCCAGUUGGACAUCAGCACCAGCCCUUCCUGGCUGGCUGUGUCCUCAGACCGCCUGCAGGUCCAGCAGGCAGCGGUGCGCUCCGCUGCUCCCUCAUACAGCAGCCAGCAUUCGGAUGAGUGGCUCUGCGUCCUGGGUGACGCCAUCAUCACCGCGGGGAGACACUACUGGGAGGUGGAGGUGUCCCCCGGCGGCGACUGGAGAAUAGGUGUGAUGUCAGCGUCGGCUCCCAGGAAGCAAAGGCCCCACAUGUCACCAAGGAGAGGGUACUGGACCCUGUGGAAGAGCUCCUCCUGUUUGUGGGCCCGCACCGAGGAGCCCACCAAGCUGCAGAGGGCAGCUGUGCCCCGACUGAUCGGGGUGUAUGUGGACGUGGCGGAGGGUCAGGUGUCUUUUUAUGAUGUCGAUCUAAGGGUUCACAUUUAUACUUUCUCUGACACCUUCAGACGCAGUCUCGUCCCCGUGUUUGGCUACCUGGACAGAGACACGGUCCUUAGAAUCGUACCACCAGAUGUCAGUAAAUGACAGAAACAUGUAGAUACGGAGACUGGUGAUGAAGAUAACAUGUUCUCUUCAAUCAUAGCCUCCUUUGGCACAAAUGACUAGAUCAGAUAUGUUGAUGGUAGAAUAAGAGUAUGGAUCACCUCACCACGCUACUUUCAACCUUUUUUCAUCACAGCACUUGUAAAUGUCUGCACUUUGUUGCAUUUAAUCAAAUGAAUGAGAUGAAAUACUGUUUUAUCCUUCUUGCUUAACAGAAACACCAUCACACAUUCUACUAGUUAUUGAGAAACAAAUAUGUAAUCGAAUUACAGUUACUAAUCAAAAUGUUUCUGAUUAUAGUUAUAUCCACACACACAAAAAAUCUGAGAAAGAAACGUAUUUGAAUGUAAUAUUCAUUGUAACAUGUAUUGAACUAUUGACAUCAUGAAUGCUAAAUAAACAUAUACAUUCAAAGAAAGAAGGAAAAUGACUCCCAGAGGAAAAGACAUUCUU